CCCCAAGCCGCAUUUCGUUGAGCGACCAAAAAUGCUGUCCUCUUCAUCAAAAUUUUAGAGUUACAGCUUCCACCAUUCUGCCCUUGAUCGAGGCUCUCUUUUCCUUUGGGAGGAGUUGGAGUGACGAAAACAGCCGAGGAGGCGUGAGGAGUGAACAUGAAUAAAACAGAUACGUAGCUGUUUUACUUGUUUUUGCACGUGCUGCAAGCUCCUCGUGAUUUUACCGAAGCAUGAGAAAGGGUAUGAACAACGACAACUCCACGUCGCUCUAUAAAAUGUGAAUGACGAACAAGAAUCCAAUUACAAUACUGUAGCGUGAGUCCACCUGCAGCCCUCGACUUUGACGUCCGGGCUGAAGAUCUUCACAAGAACGAAGAAAAAAACUUGUCGUAUUCUGUAGCUCAAGUUUCAGUUUAUCAAAAAUUAUAAUCUAUCAUGCCGUCGCUUCACGAUCGCCGCAGCCGCCGGACAGGUGGCAGAGAUGAUGAUGAUGAUGAACCACGGGAAAGAACUGCUCAACACCGUGGCUCGCCACGGCGUGGUGGCGGUGAAUACUAUGACCCGAAGUCCGGGGGCCGGGGCCGAAGUGAAGGGCAGCGGGCGUGUCGUCAUUCUCGCUCCCCAAUCUCCCGAGCAGACGAGCAGAUCCACCGCACCUCAAAAAACCGACGACGAGGAGGACGAGCUGCAAAAGAAGACAGGUCUAGGUCACCGAGACGUAAACGUGCUCCUCCAGAGGACCGCGAUCGUCGUCGUGAAAAAUCCGCGUCGACGUCCAGUUAUAAUUCGUCCUCAUCAAGAAGAACACCACCACCAGCGAAUGAAAAGAGGAAGAUGAAGAACAAAGGUAGAAGUACAACUGCUCACUCCCUCCCCGCCGCGCCCGCCGGUCCACAGCACGAGGAGGACGCCAAGGAUCAUGACCAGCAGAGACAAGAGAGGCCCAAGAUGAACAACCUGGUCAUUCUGCGACCGCGUGUGGAGGUUGAAGAUGAAGAAAAAAAUGCACGAGGAGACGAGGGACAUAAUCAUCAUCAAGUCGCAGGAAAAAAAGCGUCACAACACGACAGUGCUUCAACUUUGGUUGAUGUUCAACAUAGACGAGGAACACAAGAUCUUUACGAAAGCAGCUUUCCAACCACGACUUCCAAGACGAGAAAUAACCUUAACCACGAAAAGAACUACAAUUCCGGCCUCAACAUGAACAAUUCCUUCGAGGACCCGGACCUCCCUGUCCUGAAUGACGACCCCCGCCCGCAAGACCGCCAGGUGAACCUGCACAAGAAGGGUCGCAACACCGAUAUGACAUUGCACAACUCCCCCUGCUUCCCCUCAUUUGUCAUGCAAAAUACCCAAUCCACCCGUUGGUUGUGUCUUGGCACUGUUUGCAUGACAAGUUCUGGUAGCCCACACUGGAAAUUUGUCAUGCAAAACCGGCACUCUUGCUGAUGCUUGUACUAUUACCGUGCAUGCUAUACAAAUGAGGGGGAGGGCGAGUUGUGCACUGUCAUGACCGAGUCGUUUGAUCCAAAAUCCACCCUGGUCCGCCCGGAUCUCCGCGUGUUCAUCGGGAACCGGGGGGAGGUGCUGAAGAAACGUCUGAAACACGACGACGUGGUGAUUGUGCCCGAAUUUUUCUGUGAAGAGGACGACUGGUCACUGUAUUACAAACUAGUGGACGAAAUUCGGAAAAACGGGCAAGCCCAACAAAGCAGCGACCGAUCCUCUGGGACCACAACGACGUCCACCAGCACGUGGAUUUCGUGGCACGAAGGUUGUCAUUUGGUCACCAAGCAGCCGGAGGUGGCGCCGACGUACCAAAAAAUUGUGGAGAAAAUCUGCAAGUAUUUUCACAUCAAGAACGUGAAGGCUAUCGGGACCCGGUUCAACUGGUACCGUGACUCGCGGGACUGGAAGCCGUUCCACCACGAUUCGGCGGCCUUCAACCCCCAACGGGCAAAAAACCAGAACAUAACCGUGGGCGCAAGCUUCGGGGCGGAGCGCGAGCUGGCCUUUUUGCGCGUGGACCCGGCCGUGCGGGAUCGCGAACCCGUGAAAGCCUACUUCCCACAAUCGAACGGCAUGAUGUUUUCCUUCGGGCGCGAUGCCAACAUCAACUGGAAGCACGGGAUAAACGCGCUGGCGGAAGAGGACCAGGACGGCAAGGGGCGGAUCAGCAUCAUCGUCUGGGGCAACGCCGAGAGCGUGGAAGAGGAGGCCAACGCCCCCGGGUUGCUGACCAACGAUGCCCGGAACGGGUUCGAUAACCGCGGGCAAAAGGGUAUGGAACUGUCAGGAUCGAAAUCGGCAAAGUUGAAAUAAUUUGUAAUGCAUAAAAUGCCACGCAGAGAGUGGCUCUACUGCAGAGGAUGCAAAGGACGAGGCAGAUUAUAGUCCUGGAAAAGGUCUUCAAGGGUUGAGCUGCCGACUAGCAUGACAGAAGGCAGCUCGUUUUCCCUAAAUCGCAUGACAGAUUCGCUUCCAGUACGGGGACAAUUUGUCAUGCGCCGUCUACAGACUGGAGGUUUAAUUGGCAUCGAUUUUGUGCAUCACAAGUUCAUCUUUGAUUUUGUCAAUUUCGAUUCUGACACUUCCAUAAAGGGCUCCGGCCGUGGGAGAACAAACGAGGGAGGUCGUUGGGGGGAUAGAGGUCCUCGUAACGGUCAGCAAUCUCCGGGGAGGCGGGACUACCACUACCAGCAGAGAGGGAGAGGCCACUGGUGAAAAUGGCAGCAUCUACACUCCAUAUUGCACAUCACCGACACUUCUCUCGAUAGGUCGUGAAGAUUGAGCCAAGAAGUUUUUUACAAUUUGCAGAACUUCUUUGCAACUACAUUGUCCUCUACUUCAUCAUCAUCUCUACUCCGAGCGUCAGCCGGACACUCGUGCAGCUGGGGCGUCUGCUUAACUGUGCCUACAACACCUACAACUGGUACGUGACAACAAAAUGCAAUUGUUGAAUGGCGGAAGGAGAUUGAUUGGGAAUGUUGUGAAUGUGCAGAAGGAAGUUUCAAAAAGAGCGUAGUGAAUGUGAAUCUCAUAUGGUGUUGAUGAUGAUCCAAUACCGGAAAUAACAUUUUUGUUCAUCCCGAAAUAUUACAAUUAUGAAAAUGGAUG